AUGGCUUAUUACCGUUUCCGCAAACUGGACACAUUCAGACAUCCUCCUCCUUCCGUUUUCACCCCAUCUCUCCAAUCUUCUCUAAGCCACCACAGAAGCUCGUUGAGCAGCUUCAGGCCUACCAUCACCACGAGCUGUUCUUCCAAGCAACCAGAAAGAAUGGACCGGAAAGACGAAAACCCUGAAGAAAAACCCGGGGACGUGAUGUCUGAUUCAUUUGGAGAAGGAUAUGACACGAGGUCAGAUGAAGAAGGAUUCGGAGGAAUUUAUGGAGGGAACGAUAGUUUACCUGAUAAAAAACAGAGAACGAGAUCACAUGGAGAUUAUGACAAGGCUCAGGGGAGGGAAGUGAAGGAGAAGGAGAAAGCCAGGCAUCAAACUCACGUACCCAAUUAA